CGAGUGGAUGUAGUGUAUAGAAUGCAAAACGUAAUGGUAAUCGAAGCCACUAAACAAGCAGAUUAGGAGGCCAUUUAAUCGGACCCAACAAAGUCAAGCCUUCCAAUCGAUCCAGUCGUAUUAAUCGGCAUUUGAAUUAAAAGUCCCGCGACAAAAAGCUUCAAUCCAGCGUAUUUUUUUAAAGCACAAUCGAGCAUAAUAACAGAAGGGUUAUUCAACCCACAAGUGCCGGGCAGAACAGAGAUAUCAAAGUGCCACAGGUGACAGGAUGAGUACUCUUCGGAUUUGCCAGGCCGUGUCGCUGAAUCCCAGAGUAUGUGGGAAGGAGGUAAUUACAUCGUCCUCAAGGAUUUGUUUAAUGGGUUGCCAGGAAGUAAAGCCCAAUGAGUUGCGUCGUUUUCCAGUCCACGAUCCCGAUCGCUGCAAGCACUGGCUGCGUCACUUUGGCGUCAGCGCCAAACUGGUAGAUCAACUCGGCGGCCUGCAAAAACUACGCAUCUGCUUCAGACAUUUUAGCCAACGCCAGGAGAUGGCCAAAACCCGCAUCAAGAUGACGCCGCUGCGCAAGUCCACCAAGGGGAUAGUAGUUCUACCAAAUAGCGGAGGGACUGUCAUAACGGGGGGAGGAGGCGGAGGAGGAGCAGGAAGCGUUCAAGUCAAGUCGACAACGGCGGCCAACACCACCAUUCAACUUGUAGAGAGCCCUACCAGAGAUGUGGAGAAGACCCACCAGGACAAGAAGCCCAUUACCAGCAUCAUGCCCAUGCCCCAGCGUUCUCACUCCAUCAGCUCCUCGACCUCCAGCGAUGUGCAGUCCAUAAACUCCGAUUAUGAAGCUUCCCUACAAAAUACCACCCUAGAGGAUUCCCAGAACGGACUCAACCGCUUGGAGAACGGUCAGACCAAGAAAAGGAAGCUCUACGUUAUCACCGAGAAAUCAGAUGGGAACAACGGCCAUACUCCGGAGACUAAUGGGCAGCCCAAGAAGCGCAAGAUGUUCGUGGUUGUGGAGCAGAACAAAGAAGCGGCGGGCAAGAAACUAAUGAUUAUGACCGACAAACCGCAGGCGGAUCUCACCCAGCAUCUGGAGAAACUAUUGCCCGAAAUACUAAAUCGCAUACAGGACAAAGAGCAGAAGCAGAUCAAACCAACUCCAGCAGUGGUAAAACCCAAAUCAGCGGUUAUUAAUCCCAGACCACACAUUACGUUGCCGCCCAAGAAAAAUCCCACAAACUUUGUCAGGAUCCCGCCCACAACAAGUCCAGUGCCAUCUCCCAUUCAGAUGCCACUUUCAAUUACAAAAACCAAGAUCGUAAAGACCGAAAAGACCGAAAACUUGGAGGAGAAAAUAAAAACGGAAGAUAUCGAGACCAACAUCAAUCUAUCGCCUGACUUCCGUUUCCUAAUGAAGAUCCUUCCUAAACUGGAACAGUUGCCCGAGCCACACAAGCAGAAUGUCAAGCGCUCCAUUCAAAUCUUCGUUGAGAAGAGCUACAGUAUCUACGGUAACAAGGAUUAGUUACCAGUAUUUCAAUAUCAUUUUAUUUUCCAUUUCAUUUGAAAAAGUUCGCAUUAUUUUCGAAAGAAUCAUACAUAUAAAAGGCAUUUCAUUACGUUGUCUAAGACUGAAGCAGACCAAUUUAAUUUGUAAGCCAACGCAGAGCUGAUGCAGCUCUCCAUUUAGAUUUGUAAGCCAAUCCUAAAUUUGAUGUUACCCCGCUGGAGAUGGGUAUAUUUCGAAAAAGUUAAGCCAUAAAAAGAAUUACCAAGAUUGAAGUCCUUUCUAUAUUGAAUAUAUGAAAGCUUUAUUUAAGCUCAACAAUAACAA